AUGUCUCGUCGAAAGCAAGCGAAACCCCAGCAUCUCAAAUCGGACGAAGAGCUGCAAGCAGAGGUAGUUUCUGAGCACGCAGUCCCGGGAGAAGGAGCAGACGAUGGUGAUAGCGGGAACGAGAGCAGGAGCGGAAGUGAAGAAACCAAUGUCUGUGAGAAAUGCUGCGCCGAGUUCUUCAAGUGGACGGACUUCCUGGAGCACAAGAAGAGCUGCACUAAAAACCCCCUGGUGCUGAUUGUCAAUGAAGAUGAGCCAGCUCCACCUCCCGCUGAGGAAUUCCCUGAGCCCUCCCCCGCAAGCUCUCCCAGUGACCAGGCAGAGAGUGAAGCUGCUGAAGAAGGCGUCCAGGCAGAAAACAAUGACAGCUCUGAGGUAAAAAACACGGAAAAAGAAGAAGAGCCAAUGGAGGUAGAAACUUCUGCAGAGAAAAGUUUCCAGACUCAAGGCACCUCAAGCACAGCUACUCCUCUACCUCAGAUCCCUGAACCAUCUUCCAUGACAAGCUAUAACAUGCCAAACACCAAUGUCACACUAGAGACUCUGCUGAGCACUAAAGUGGCAGUCGCGCAGUUCUCGCAGAGUGCACGGGCCACCGCUUCUGCGAGCAUCAGCAGCGGGGUGACGGCUGUGGCCAUCCCCAUGAUUCUGGAGCAGCUCAUGGCCCUGCAGCAGCAGCAGAUUCACCAGCUCCAGCUGAUCGAGCAGAUCCGCAGUCAGGUGGCAAUGAUGAACCGCCAACCCCUGCGACCAUCCCUCAACCAGAUCGUGGCUGCCCAGGGUGGUCCUGGGCAGGCCUCCAACCAGCUGCAGGGGUUUGCCGCCAGCGCCGCCGUCCAGCUCACUGCAGUCAUUCCUUCAGCCAUUGUGGGGCAGGCCACCAGUGGUCAGCCCACUGCCUUUGAUGGCUCCCAGCACAUCUCGAGACCUACAUCUGGAGCAAGUACACCCAGUAUAUCUGGCGGUGGCUCUUCUGCCCUGCCUGAAUCGGGUGUACCUUCCUCCUCGAAUGCAAUUACGUCCAUAACUCCCAUUUCUGUGUCAAAUGCUCCUAACAGUGCUUCGCAGCCCCAGAAUGCUUCGACUCCACCUUCAAUAGGACAUGGAAGCCUCACCUCAGUAUCCAGCCUGCCAAACCCACUUCUACCUCAGACUUCAUCAAAUAGCGUAAUAUUCCCCAAUCCGCUGGUUAGCAUUGCCGCAACUGCUAAUGCGCUCGAUCCUUUGUCUGCCCUUAUGAAGCACCGCAAAGGAAAGCCACCAAAUGUGUCAGUGUUUGAACCCAAGUCAAGCUCCGAGGAUCCCUUUUUUAAACAUAAAUGCCGAUUUUGUGCCAAGGUCUUUGGAAGUGACAGUGCUUUACAAAUUCACCUCCGCUCGCAUACAGGCGAAAGACCUUUUAAGUGUAACAUAUGCGGAAACCGCUUUUCCACAAAGGGCAACCUGAAAGUUCAUUUUCAGAGGCAUAAAGAGAAAUACCCUCAUAUUCAGAUGAACCCUUAUCCUGUUCCAGAAUACCUCGAUAAUGUUCCCACCUGCUCUGGAAUCCCGUAUGGGAUGUCGCUGCCCCCCGAAAAGCCGGUAACAACAUGGUUAGACAGUAAACCUGUUUUACCAACUGUCCCGACUUCCAUUGGGCUCCAGCUGCCCCCCACUAUACCUGGUGUGAACAGUUACGGAGACUCUCCAAGUAUCACUCCUAUGAGCAGAUCACCCCAGAGGCCUUCUCCCGCCUCCAGUGAAUGCACUUCUCUAUCCCCGAGCCUCAACACUUCUGAGUCAGGCGUUCCUGCAUCUGCUGAAUCCCCGCAGCCCGUUCAGAGUGGCUCAUCUCUGACCAAGGCAGAAUCUGUCACUCUGCCUCCCACGAGCACACGGCUCGGGGACCUUUCUGCAGGUGGGCAAGUUUCUGCAGCUUCCACAUCUUCAAUUCCUACGGUGGUUACAGAAAGCAGUGCUGCAACAAGCCUCCCAAACCCUGUGCUUCCAGCAGUGUCUGACCAGUUUAAGGCAAAAUUUCCAUUUGGUGGUCUGCUAGACUCUAUGCAAACAUCAGAAACCUCAAAACUACAACAGCUAGUGGAGAACAUUGAUAAGAAGAUGACAGAUCCAAAUCAAUGCGUCAUUUGUCACCGUGUGCUUAGUUGUCAGAGCGCUCUCAAGAUGCAUUACAGAACACAUACAGGAGAAAGACCAUUUAAAUGCAAAAUUUGUGGACGUGCCUUUACUACAAAAGGCAAUCUAAAAACACAUUUUGGAGUUCAUCGAGCAAAGCCACCACUUAGAGUACAGCACUCGUGUCCCAUUUGUCAGAAGAAAUUUACAAACGCGGUUGUUCUUCAGCAGCACAUUCGUAUGCAUAUGGGUGGGCAAAUUCCAAACACGCCACUACCAGAGGGCUUCCAGGAUGCCAUGGACUCAGAGCUUUCCUAUGAUGAGAAGAAUGUUGACACACUGAGCAACUUUGAUGAUGACAUUGAUGAAAACUCUAUGGAAGAGGACCCGGAACUAAAGGACACGGCAAGUGAUUCAUCCAAACCCCUUAUCUCUUACUCUGGGUCAUGUCCUUCUUCACCACCUUCUGUGAUCUCCAGUAUUGCUGCUUUGGAGAAUCAAAUGAAAAUGAUUGAUUCUGUCAUGAACUGUCAGCAGCUGACCAGUUUAAAAUCCAUAGAAAAUGGAUCAGGGGAAAGUGACCAUUUGAGCAAUGACUCCUCAUCAGCCGUUGGUGAUCUUGAAAGCCAGAGUGCAGGCAGCCCUGCAAUGUCAGAGUCUUCUUCUUCCAUGCAAGCUUUGUCUCCUGUGAAUAGCAACAGUGAAAGUUUCAGAUCAAAGUCCCCCGGUCUCAGUAACCAGGAAGAGCCACAAGAAAUACAAUUAAAGACAGAAAAACCGGACAGUCCGCCACCCACAGCUGAAAAUGGAGGCGCAUUAGAUCUGACAUCCACCAACCCAGGAAGACCGGUCAUCAAAGAGGAGGCUCCUUUUAGUCUGCUGUUCCUGAACAGAGAACGUGGUAAGUUUAAAAGUACUGUUUGUAAUAUCUGUGGCAAGCCUUUUGCUUGUAAGAGUGCAUUGGAAAUUCACUACCGCAGCCAUACUAAAGAACGUCCAUUUGUUUGUACAGUCUGCAGUCGUGGGUGUUCCACUAUGGGUAAUUUAAAACAGCACUUACUGACGCACAAAUUAAAAGAGCUGCCUUCUCAGUUAUUUGAACCCAACUUUACUCUAGGUCCCAGCCAAAGUACUCCUAGCCUGGUCACCAGUACAGCACCCACCAUGAUCAAAAUGGAAGUGAAUGGUCACAGCAAGCCGAUCUCUUUGGGUGAGGUUCCCUCGCUUCCAGCUGGAAUCCAGGUUCCUGCUGCACCACAGACAGUGAUGAGUCCGGGGAUCACCCCUAUGCUGGCACCCCCCCCUCGCCGGACUCCCAAGCAGCACAACUGUCAGUCGUGCGGGAAGACCUUCUCCUCAGCAAGUGCACUGCAGAUACACGAGCGCACCCAUACCGGUGAAAAACCGUUUGGUUGCACAAUCUGUGGUAGAGCUUUUACCACAAAGGGGAAUCUUAAGGUUCACAUGGGAACUCACAUGUGGAAUAACGCCCCUGCACGCCGUGGCCGACGCCUCUCCGUGGAAAACCCCAUGGCUUUGCUCGGUGGCGAUGCUCUCAAGUUCUCCGAGAUGUUCCAGAAGGAUUUGGCAGCUCGGGCCAUGAAUGUUGACCCCAAUUUUUGGAACCAAUAUGCUGCAGCUAUCACUAAUGGACUUGCUAUGAAGAACAAUGAGAUUUCUGUCAUACAGAACGGAGGCAUUCCUCAGCUCCCAGUAAGUCUAGGCGGAGGCGCCAUCCCGCCUCUAAGUAACCUUACCGGUGGCAUGGACAAAGCUCGCACAGGCAGCAGCCCUCCCAUUGUCAGUCUGGACAAAGCAAGUUCUGAAACGGGAGCCAGUCGUCCAUUCACCAGAUUUAUUGAGGAUAAUAAAGAGAUUGGCAUAAAUUAAAAGCAUUCAUUCCGAAUAACUGUUGGACCUCUACUCGACACAACACUUGUCCUGUUCCAUGUACAGCUUUUGAAGCUAAGCAUUAGUUUCCUGACCUAAAUGCAUAGGUUCCCUUUAAAGUUUUACCCAUAGCAGAAAUACGUAACUUUGUGGCUGCUGAAAAGUUGUCUUGCAAGAUCUGCAUGGUACUUCUUUCAACAGUGAGUUUGACUGUUACUGAGAACUUUGACACCUUUUAAUUUAACAGAAAACAAACCAGUCAUGGGAUAACUUCAUUAGAAACAGAAAGAGGCUAGUCUACAUUCACUUUGCUUCUUACAAAACUUACUAUCACCUGAGAAAGGGGGGCUUCAUUAUGGCAUUCUGUCACACUUAUUUGCUGGUUUUGUUCAAAUUAGUUAGCAACUUGGACAAUGUUUUUAGGAAUCUUAAUCUUAAAUAAGUGAUUUAGUACCCCAAUGCUGUGUAUUAUUACAGUAUCCUUGUCUGUAGUAUUUAUAAUGUUAAGACUAUGCGGGUAACAGACAAUAUACUAGCCCCAAACUUAAAUGAAGCUUUUGUACUGCAAAAUACAUCUGGCUAUGUGAUUUUUCUUUUUUCUUUUCCCUUUUUUUUUUUUUUUUAAAGCAAGUUUUGUUUUACUAUGAAUAAGUGGUUCCUUUCAAUGCAGGCAAAAUUGUGAAGUUUUAUUGGGAAAGAUAGCAUGCUUUUCAUGUGCAAGUACCUGUCAGUAACAAAACUUUUUUUAUUUAAAUAUUUGUAGCUGCUAUGUGGACAGUUGUUCUAUUAAAUGAAAAAAAAAAAAAUGUAGUGUGAAUUUUAGCUCAAUGAUUGGAAAACAAGUUACAGACAAACCUUAGCACCAUAUAUUAUUCACAACAUUAUAAACAGUUGUGAGUAAAUAUUCCGUGUUAUCAAAGCUGUACAAUAAAAAGGUAAUGUUUGUAUAAUGUGGUUGCAAACUCUUAAUUUAUACUAUUGCACUUUUAGUAUUUUGUAUUAGGGAGGUUUGUCUAUAAUUUGAAAUUGAACAAAGAUGUAAACUAUUUUAUAAAUAGUACUUUGACUUGAGGAAUAAGGAGGAGGACCCUGUUGCAGUUUAUGUUUUGUUUUAAGCUCAAACAAUGAGAGAUCUCAAUCAACUAAGCAAAAGAUUGCAGAGAACUGUCAGAUCCUUAGGAAAUAUGGGGACUGCUGUUUCUUAAAUGGAAAUGAUUCAUUUAACUUCUCUAUGACGCCCACAUAAAAAUGUGACCACCCCUGACAGAAUUCUGAUACAUUUAUCUUAGAAGUGUGAUAUUAAUACAAGUCUAGGAUAGAGGAAGAAGAACAUUAUGUAGGUUUAAUUUUCCUGUAAUCUGUUCUGUCUCUUUCACACAUAACCAUGAGAAAGAUGCUGACUCCCUAAUAACAGUGGGGACAAUAAAAAGAACUUUUGGGCAGCGUGAGCAGUAGUAACACACAAAUGCUCUGUAUUUAUUUCCAACUGUCUGAUUAGCUUUUCAGAUUGCUCCAAAGCACAAUGUACUCUGAUUAAUCAAAUAUAAUUUUACGUUGAUUGCAUUGUUGGAAUUAUGCUGAGUAAACAAUGGGAAUGGUUCCACUCAUAAGCUGGGGAUGCUGAGGAGACUGGGGCUUAAUCAAAACUUGAACAGUAAAUGUUUUGUGUACUACCUCAUUUUUGUGCAUUACAAGCAUGGUGGAGUUGACACUCUGAACUUCCGUCCAGCAGAAUUGCUUGAGGGACAUUAUGGGUAGCUGGGUAACAGCGCAAGGAGUUUUAUGCCCCUGAAGAACAAAUCAGACAGUGAGGUCUUCUCAGUUGAGACUGAAAAAUAGGACAAUCUUUCUUAUAAAACAGAAACCAUUACUGUAAGAGGAUGGACUAUUUCUGCCAUCAUGUAAUGGAGUGAAAAGAGGUUCAAAGACUUAUUAGCUGUUUGUUUCUGUUGGAA